CAAACGUCUCGACAGACUCACUGAUAGAGGAUGAUACCAGACAGUCCGUGAACAGAGACGCAGUUAGAAUUCAAGACGAGUUAUUUUCUAAUACCACACAUUGAGAAUAGAAAAUGGCUGGGUGCAACACAGACUGCGUUGAGAAGCCUAUGGCUAGGGGAUUUGAAAUACUUGGGCGUUUUGUUGGUAGACACCACUGGUGGUUUUUUAUUCUUCCCAUGUUCAUUUCUGCGGGUCUUGGCGGAGGAUUUUACUUCCUUGCGGACAGAAAAGCAAACGGCAUUGAAGAGAUGUUUACACCUCUGGAUGGACCAGCGAAAGACGAACGACAAGUAGUUAAAGAAUACUUUCCACAGAAUGAUAGCGACUUCUCUCGUUUGCGGCUCUAUACUGAAGGGACCUUUGCAUCUCUCAUAAUUGUUACGCCUACAGCAAAUAUCCUCACAAAUCCUGCUUUCACAAAAAUUGUUGCUAUGGACAGGGAAGUGAAAGCCAUUGAAGUAGGAACAUUUAAUUUCUCAAGCCUUUGUGUUAAGAAAGGUGACGUGUGCGUGUCAAAUUCAAUCUUUGAUAUUGUAAAAACUCCCAAUGUUACCACGACAACUAUUGAUUACCCAUAUCAUGACAACAUUUUCAUCGCAUCUGAAAUUGGUGGUGUGAAACUGAAAACUGGAUCAACUGAAAUUGAAAGCGCAAAGGCAAUUCGACUUUUUUACUUCUUAAAUGAAGACAACCAGACUGUAAAUACGAUGUGGCUGCAGAAGUUUAUAGAGACUGCGUCGAUGAUGCAAAAAGAAGAAGGCAUGACCGUAUCUUAUUUUACAUCAAUAUCAAGGGAUGAAGAGUUUGAGAAGAGCUCUGACUCAAUCAUUCCUCUCUUCUCAUUGACCUAUGCCCUGGCCAUCACUUUUUCAAUCACCUCUUGUAUAAGGUUGGACUGUGUUAGGAACAAGGUGUGGGUGGCGACCUUUGGUGUCCUCUCAGCUGGUAUGGCAGUGUUGUCCAGUUUUGGGUUGUUGCUGUACUGUGGGAUGCCCUUUUCUAUGACUGUGGCUACAGCUCCAUUCCUGAUUCUGGGAAUUGGUGUUGACGACAUGUUCAUCAUGAUUUCUUGCUGGCAGCAGACUCAAGUUCAUGGCGACGUAGAGGAUCGUAUGGCAGCUACAUACAAAGAGGCAGCUGUUUCUAUCACCAUCACAACACUAACUGAUGCCUUGGCUUUCUAUAUUGGUCUGUUAACUCCCUUUGGUUCUGUACAGUCCUUUUGUAUGUAUACUGGCACAGCUGUCAUGUUCUGCUACUUGUACAACAUCACCUUCUUUGGUGCAUUUCUAGCACUGAAUGGAAGACGUGAAAAGAGCAACAGACAUUGGCUGACCUGCGUGAAGGUUCCAGAACCAGAGGAGAAUUCUGAAAAGUACAAUAUCUGUUCUGUAGGGGGAGCUUAUGAUCAUGAAACGGGAAAAGAGGAACCAAUGCCAAUUAACAACUUCUUUAAGACGUACUAUGGUCCAUUUCUAACAAAUAAUUGGACCAAGGGGUUUGUGAUCCUGCUCUAUGCUGUAUAUUUGGGCUUAAGCAUCUAUGGUUGCUCCCAAAUCAAAGAGGGCAUAGACCUUAAAAACCUAGCAGCUGAUAGCUCAUACGUGGGUAGCUAUUAUGACAAUGAGGAUGAAUUCUUUUCAAAGUAUGGCCCAAAUGUUAUGGUUGUUGUGACCGAUAGUACGUUUAAAUAUUGGGAUGAAAGUGCUCGGAAUAGUCUCGACUCCUGCCUUCAAAAGUUUGAAGAUCUAUCAAUGGUUUCUCAAAACAGGACCAUAUCUUGGCUCAAUGGGUAUCUUAUAUUUGGAAAGAUGACCAAUUUGAAUCUAAGUGUGGAAAAUACAUUCAAAAGUAAUUUGUCUGCAUUUCUUGAGAGGUCUGAUUUCAUUCAAGAUGUGGAUUUUACAGACAACACAAUAUAUGCUUCACGUAUGUUCAUUCAGACAGUCAAUGUCAGUACAGCUGUUGAUGAAAAGAACAUGUUGAAUGAGCUUCGAGAGACAGCUAAGGAUUGUCCAGUAAAGUUGGUUGUUUACCACCCUGCUUUCAUAUACUUUGACCAGUAUGCAGUCAUUGUUAGUAAUACCAUCCAAAACAUUGUAGUUGCCACUCUUGCCAUGCUGGUGAUCUCCCUCAUGUUGAUUCCCAACCCGAUAUGUUCUCUGUGGGUGACCUUUGCCAUUGCCUCUGUCAUAGUGGGUGUUGCUGGUUUCAUGACAUUUUGGGAUGUCAAUCUAGACUCUGUAUCUAUGAUCAACCUUGUCAUCUGCAUUGGUUUCUCAGUGGACUUUUCUGCUCACAUUUCCUAUGCCUUUGUCUCUAGCAAUAAGAGAACUGCUAAUGAGAAGGCUAUAGAUGCUGUCUAUCACUUGGGGUAUCCUAUCAUACAGGGAGCUGUGUCUACUAUCUUAGGAGUGGUGGUGCUGUCUGCAGCUGAGAGCUACAUCUUCAGAACCUUCUUUAAGAUCAUGUUCUUGGUCAUUUCGUUUGGGGUAUUUCAUGGUAUCGUUUUUAUCCCUGUGUUUUUGACCUUCUUUGGAAUCUGCGGAGACAAAGUUGGUGAUAAAAAAGUUGUGGAAUGUAGGUCUAUCACCUUGUCUCAAAUAGGUCACAUGUUGGUCACUCAAACUGGGUGACUAAGAGCAGUAUAUGUUCAGUCUGGUCAUGACAUUGUCCCAACAUUAGAAGUAACUUAUCAAGUCAGUUCAUUAAAACGACAGGCAUACGUCUAUUUCUUUUCCAAGUAUGUAUUUCUGAGGAAUAUUUUGCUUUUAUUUAUUCGAUUUUAGAAAUCGUUUGGAAUGUAAAUACUAUACAGUGCCUUUUUUGAGUUUUGAUUUAAAAAAAUGAAUAAAAUUAUUUCAAAUGA